AAGGCGUCACGGAGAGUUAAGGAAGGCGUCCUCCCAGAAGCGACACACCUAUCCGACGGCGGAGAUUCUCCCGGUUCGUUGCCGUUGCCCGUUUGCCGCCGCCGCGGGUGCACUGCGUGUAACUACGAUAUCAGUGAUUGUGUGUGCAGAUGCCGUUUCCUUGACUGCAAAUUUAACGAGAAGGGAGAGAGCACGAACGACCAAGCGAGUUUCGUGAAAGAGUGAGAGAGAAAAAAAGAGAGUCUUACAAGCCAAGGCUCAAGGACUAUAACAACGAGACAUGGCUCAAGUGACUAUAAAGCAGGUCGACAAGUUGGCGCAAAUAAUCCCCGAGCUCAUUUCCGAGCAAGAGGAAUUGGACGAAAGCGAGCAACAAGCCCAGCAGCAAGCUCAGCAAGAGGCAGUGGAGCAGCAGCAGCAGCAACAGCAACAGCAGCAAUUGGAGCAACAACAAGCGCAAAUACGCUUUCUCAACGCCAAUGUACUGCAGCAGUUGCAGCAGCAGCAGCAGCAGCAAUCCGCACUCUUAGCGGCAGCGCAGCAACAACAACAAGAUGCCGCGGCAGCUCAGCAACAGCAGCAACAGCAGCAACCGCAGGUUAUCACCUUGCAACAGUUACAAAAUUUCAUGCCACUGCAGCAGGCGCAACAGCAGCAGCAGCAUGAUCAGCAACGUGCGAUUUCCAUGCAAGCGCUGCCUCAGCAGUUUCUACAGGGAGCUCAGCUUGUAAACAGUCAAGCUCAAGCAGCAGCUCUUCAGCAAUCUCAACAGCAGCAAGCGGCAGCCCAGGUUCAGCAACAAAGUCAGGCACAGCAGCAGCAACCGCAGCAACAAUUAAGCUACAGCGUUGUACCGCCUAUGCAAACGAUCAACAUUGAUGGGCAGGAAGCACUAUUUAUUCCCUCGGCAUCAGCAGCAGCACAACAAACACAACCGACCAUGCAGUUUGCCACAGCUAAUGGUCAACAAUUACAGCUUGCAGGACAGCAGAUACAAUUAGCUAAUGGACAGACGAUUAUCAAUCCUCAUGCUGUCAGUCUGCUUAGGUCGCCUAAUAUGUUUCCUGCAUCAAUUAUUCAGACAAAUUUAGGCCAAACCGUUCAGUUGCCUACAGGUCAAAGCGUGCAGGUUCGACCAGUGCAGUUCCCAAUGCAGCAGCUUCAACAAACCACAGUUCCAGUCCAAGUACCUGUUACUACCAAUAAUGGCCAGACGGUUUAUCAAACGGUUCACUUUCCCGUACAAGCACUGUCGAAUGUUUUUAAUAUGCCCACAGCUCAAAUGAUUCCUCAGAUCGCACAGCAAAUUACACCGCAAGUGGCACAGAUUAUUACGCCUAAUGGGCAGAUUCAGCAAGUGCAAAUUGCUAAUUUGUCACAGUUGCAGAGUCUACAGUCGCUGCAAGGCCAGCAAGUAGCUCAACAAGUGGCCCAACAAGUAGCUCAGCAGCAAGCGGCAGCUCAAGCAGCCCAAGUCCAAGCAGCUCAAGUAGCCCAAGCACAAGCGCAAGCUCAAGCUCAACAGCAAGUCGCGCAACAGGUCGCUGCUCAACAACAGCAACAGCAAGUCGUGCAGCAACAGCAACAGCAGCAACAACAACAACAACAACAACAACAACAACAACAACAACAACAACAAGCUGCUCAACAAACUCAGCAAUCACAGCAAACUACUAAUGGGGCACCGAGCAACGUUCAAGUUGUGGGAAUCAGAUCGAGUGGUUCGAAUGUCAUAACGACGAAAGACGGUCAGAAAAUUGAUGUGGCAUCAAUCAAUCUUAGACAGCAGCAAGAAGUACAAGAUAGCGAGAUCAAAGUUACAAACAUUGAUGCCAGUCAACUUGCCAAUAGCCAAGUUAUACAUAUUCCAGCUGCUCAAGCUAUGCAACAGUCUGGUCAACCGAUUAGUAUAACAGGUGCACAAGGCCAGCAGAUAACUCUUAUACCAGCAUCAGCAUUAACCGGAUUAACAGCUCAGCAAAGUGGAAUAAUGCGUGGUGUUAACUUAGGAAAUGGAGUCAUGCAACUUCAACCAGCAGGCAUAAAUACUGCUAAUGGGUUCUUGCAGUCUAUUCCUGUACAAAAUAUCCCUGGCCUCGGUAAUGUCCAGGUCAUUUCGGCAGUACAACCGACAACGGUACAAACGUUACAGCCGGCAGCAACUUCAGCAACAGUGCACAUUGAAAAUACUGCUGAGCCACAGCAAUGGAAAAUUCUCCAGGCAAUACAGUCGAACGGUACAACAACUAUUGCCACUCCACAGCAGACACAGCAACCACAGCCCCAACAACAACAACAGGUUCAAGUGCAGCAAGCAGCACCUACUUCCCAACAGAGCCAACAUAAUGUUAGCACUGUUAGCACUGGUAACAGUGAAGGCUUGACGGAAACUACUAAGCAGCAUAGAAAGCGAGUUGCAUGUACUUGUCCAAACUGUGGCGAUGGUGAUAGAAAUCGUGACAUGACACGCAAACGGCAACACGUUUGUCACAUUCCAGGCUGUAGUAAAGUCUACGGUAAGACGUCGCAUUUGCGUGCUCACUUGAGAUGGCACACAGGCGAUCGACCAUUCGUUUGUAGUUGGGUAUUCUGCGGCAAAAAAUUUACUCGUUCAGAUGAACUUCAACGACACAAUCGCACGCAUACCGGUGAGAAAAGGUUCCAGUGUACUGAGUGCACGAAGAAGUUUAUGCGCUCCGAUCAUCUCACCAAACACAUCAAGACUCACACCAAGAUACGUAGCACGGAAGCAGCAACGUCGACGCAAGAAGGUUCAUUAGAUAGUCAAUCGUCGAGUGAUGAGAAAAUUAUAAUCUUCCAUAAGGAAUCUGAACAGACAGAACUUGUGCUUCGCGAUCCCCUCGACAUUGAUAGUCAGGGAACCAAUGAAUAGAUAUUCUUUACUCCUGGUGAACAAAUUUCUCUGGCAAUUUAUUAGAUUCAAUGAUAUUCUUAAUUGUUUAGCAACUAGGUUAUUUUAUUUUUUUUAUUUUUUUGUCUUAUCUGAUCUUGACUUCAUGAAAAAAGUUUUAUCCGAAAAAUUUUUUUUAAUUAAAACUUUAGAUCAAAUCUGAAUUCAGUAUGGGUAUUAAUGUUUAUUUCAUUGAUAUUUUUAUUGACAAUUAUUAUUGAAGUUAUUCAAUAUAAUAUACUUUUUUAGUUCAAACGAACAAUUUUCAAAUCAGCCUAUGUGCAUGUUACACUAUCUAGGCCAAAUGAAAAAUUCUCAGAGCUGCUCCUAAUACAGACUGAAAUAUUGAUUUGAUAAGAUUUUUCGAUUGUCAAUAGCAUGUUGUAAAGAAUGAUAUAUUAAUUUUUUCAUUAAACGUUGAAAAAAAUUGCUAUUUUUACUGAUCUUUUUGAUCAUAUACGUAAAUCUUUGAUGAAAUUUCUUGAAGUGGUCAAACUAUUAGUAACAAAUUUAACUAGCUCUUCAUCUAGCUACAUUCAAAACUACUGUUCUAUUAAUUUUUAAUGCAUUUCUAAUGCACAUAGAGGAAUUGGAAGUUGGAACAAUUAUAAGGUAUGAGGUUUUAAAAUUUUUUCAAUCAAAAUUUAGGUGCAAAGACAACUCAAGUCAUCUUUUCUAUCCAGUCUUAAUAAAAUUGGGUUUAAAAAACAAUUCUUUUAAAUUAUUUGAAUAGAUUGAUAAAAAUCUGAGUUAAUUGUCAAUAGGCAGAUUUUUCUUCAAUAGCAUAUCAAUAUCUCAAAUUUAUAGUCAAUGAAUCAAAUUAUUUUUAUGGUGCAGUUAUUAGAAUAUAAAUUAAUCAAUUGAAAGAUAUUUCACUUACAAUAGAUCUAACGUAAGGGUUUUACUUAAGAAUGUUCGAAACUUUAAUAUAAAUUAUGAUCUUACGAUAAUUUUAAAUGCUUAAGCGGAUGUCGGAUCAAAAUUCACUGAUUGUAAAGAUCAUUAUACGUCAAUAAUUGACAGUACACAUGGAAUAGCACAGUCAUGCACUCUUUAUAUCAUAACACAGGGUGGAUAACUUUCAUUAUUAUUAAAAAGUAAAUGUUGAGCAAGAAUAACUGAUUUUAUAAUACGCAUUAGUGGAUAGGACUUCCCGCUUUGAAACUUGAAAUCAUUUAUGCCAAUUUAUAUUUACUUUUGAAUAAUUAUAGAAAUUGUUCACCCUUAAAAAUAAUGUAAAGAAUGAUGUGAAAUUAUUUUAUCAAUGAAAAUUUCAAAUUAAGAGUACGAUGGAUUUUACGAAUUUUGUAGGUUAGAGUAUAAUACAUCUUCUUAAUUAUAAAUAUUGCUCUAAGCUUCGAGUUGACAAAUGAUAAAUUUUAAUAUUAAAAAUCUUCUACGAAACAAGGGAAACAAUUAAAAAUAUUAAGUUUAUUCCAAACUGAACAAUAAAAAGUAGAUUAUGAAUAGAUUUUUCAAAUUUUUGCUGUUUUGCAUAUAUAAGUAUAAACUAUUGAUAUAUAUUUCAAAAACAAUUUUGAAUUUUCUCGAAUACCGACUUGACAAUUGACUUUUUCUAGUUUCAAUUAUUAACGUAAAAAGUUAAUAAUUUUUUAAAUAAUUUAUUUUUAAGAAUGAAAUAUUAUCUUAAGAACACUUAAUCACGUUGCACUGGAAAUUGUCGAUCUAAGAUUUCUACAUCACGAUUAAUCAUUGAAAAAAGAUAGUUAUUUUGUUACAGUUGUUUUAUUAUUUUAUUUUAUACAUAUGUCUGAAAUGCGAGAGAAAUUUUAUCACCAGGAAAGACUUCGCUUGUAACCGAAAUGUAUAUUUAGAUAAAAAAGCGAAGUUGCACUAGUCGUUUCGGUCAAGAUUUUAGAGAUUAUAGCAAAUCAUGUGGUGAUUCUUAUAUGCAAGAAUUUAUAAUUCAAAAACGCAUCCCAUUUCUAUCAAAUUUACAGUAUCAAUAUGAUAAUUUAGUUGUAUCAAAUUUAGAGAAAUUUUUUCAUAUUUAUAUCUUUGGAUAUAAUUAUUAUUUUUUAUAUCCAGAGAUUCUGGAUACAAAAAAUAAUUAUUAGUGUCAUGGUUUUUACAAUCAAUUAAUUAAAAUUUUCAAUUUUCAUUGUAUUUUGAAAAACCCACAUGUAUAGCAAUAGUUACUAAAAACUUCAUGUAAAAAAUACGCAAAUCUGAUCAUGAAUUUAGAUACUCAUAUGGGUGUAAUGCGUAUAAUCUUUCCUACAAUCAAUGUAGUAGAUAUUUCCUAUAUUUUUAUAAAAAUUUUGUAAAAAAUGUAUAUAUACUAUCUUGCAAAUAGUGUACAGACUUAUUUAGUGGUUUUUUGCACAAAGAUAUUUACACUUUUCGACAUUUUUCAUAUAAUUAAUGCGAUUAUGAAUCCACGAGUUUUUACUAAAAAAUGCGCGCAAUCAUGAAAAAUCUAGUAUACUAUAUGCUGUA